AUGGCCGACCUAUCUGGCGAUACGCGGCUCGUUCGACAAAGGCAGCAAAGCGAAGAGAUAUUGUACAUCUACAUUGCAAGGAAUUACGUGAUGUUCCGCCGCAUCCCAAUCGACAUGGUGCAAGAUCACUGCGAAGCCUGGCUCGACAGCGAGUCUGCGCUAGCAGGCCGUUGGCGUGAAGACCUGUCUGGCGACGUCAAGCGAUCAAAACUGACUGUCAGCAAGGCGGAUGCUACCUCGCUACGACUCGACCCGAUGGCUGGACUUGCUGGUCACGUUCAUGCAUGUAGGCUCGUCGCUCUGGCUUGGGUCCCCUUAUUGGCGACACUCUGCGAAUGA